UUCACAGCAUGUGUGACAGAACAAAAGGUAAAAUUUCCUGUAUCAGAAGCCUUGGAUAAAAUAAAAAAAUAGGAGUUGGAAGUGACAAUGAGGCCGAAGCACUACCUUGAGGCUGCGACAUGGAAACUACAAGAGAGCUGCCCGGGCCAGGCCUGCUAUCUUCUCUGGGCCCACAGUUUGUCACACGAUGAUAAAAGCUCUUUUGAAGGAACGUGUCCAUACUGUUUCCAGUUGCUGGUUCCUGAUAAGUCUAGAGUGCGCCUCAAGCCCACGCCCAAACUGACACCCAAAAUGCAGAAGCUUCUUAAUCAAGAAGCAAGAAAUUAUACACUCGGUUUUAAAGAAGCAAAAAUUCUGGAAAAAUACAAAGAAUCCAAACGUGUAUUGCUGAUUACUUGUAAAACAUGCAACAGAACAGUUAAGCAUCAUGGUAAAAGCAGAAGCUCCCUAUCAGCCUUCAAGAGCAAUCCUUCCACUCCUGCAAGUAAACUCAGCCUGAAGACCCCAGAGAGAAAGACUCUAAGCUCUGCAAACCUAAAUCAUGUUACCUCUGGUUCCAAGGGCAAGAGCCCAGCAUUGAAUUUCAGAACACCUACAUCUGGACAGUCAACACCUAUUAGUUCCUCAAAGAAUGUGAACAAAACAAAGAAACACUCUCUCAACUAAAAAUGUUGCUUAGAGUGAAUCCGAAAAGAAUCAAAGGUGGACUUCAGACAUUUCCUAUCUUCUUUGUAAAGGAUGGACUAUGAAAAAAAAAAAAAAAAGUUCAAUACAAUUUCUGAAACUAAGUCAGAAGAACAGCUUUUUAAAAAACUUCUAUUUGUUCUUAAAAUACACAGAAUCUAGGGUCCAAGAGCAAA